AUGGAGCUUCGAUGUGGUGGUGCACUAAUGCAAGUGGUCAUGGAUAUCCUUGGAAGUGAAGGAGGAUGUCGCCAAAGUUGCCGACCACAUUAUUAUUCGUCAUGGUGUAAAACAGCAGUAUCAGCAAUGAAACGAGUUCAGACGAGAGGAAUGUUUCAUACAUAUAAAUCAUUGUUGUCAUUAAAUCAAACAAUCACAAUUGGCGGUCAUUUGACCAUUCCAAAUUUAGAAACACAUUACAAACGUGAUUGUGAUCUGGCAGGAUUCCAAAGAUGUACAAAACGUGAAUGGUUGAAUGAGAAACGAUGGUGCUUCAACAAUCAAGAGGAACAUCAAUUAUUGAACUAUACCCAACACAUUUUAGGAAUACAAUCAUCUAUGAAAUAUGUGUCACCAGUCGUCGAUGACAAUUGGAAAUUAUUACCAUUCCCAAAUUUAUUUAAUGUCACAAUUUUAGAUGUUAAACAACAUAAAUCAUGUGGUAGUUCUCAACCAAUAGCAUGCCAUUUGACGUGUCCACCAUGCCGUGGUUUUACUCCUAUAUUAAUUGAUUUUUAUAAAAAACAUAGUGAAGAUAAAAAUUUUGAAAUUAUUUUUAUCAGUUCGGACAGUGAUGAAGAAUCAUUUAAUGAUUAUUAUAAAGACAUGCCGUGGUGGAAAUUAGAUUAUAAAGAAAGAGACAGACGAAAUGAAUUAGCAGAAUCAUUUAAGGUUUCUGGAAUACCAAAUUUGAUUUUAUUAGAUGGUGAUUCCGGUGAAAUUAUUUGUAAUAAUGCAAGAGAACAAAUUCAAUUUGAAGAUAAGAAAGGAGAAAACUUUCCAUGGAAAGGUGAAACAAAAGCUAAAGCAUCUAAGUCGUGUAUUUUACUUUAA